GGCGGGCCAGGGAAGAGGCCAAAAAAAAAAAAAACCCGAGCGCGGGCCCCAGGGCCUGCGGGCCCGGCUCUGCGCGCCCUGCCCUCCACCGCCCUGGCCCUCCACCACCCUCGCUUUCCUGGUCCUGUGCUCGCCUGGUCCUCCUCCUGCCACCAUCCAUCUGGCCCCCCACACACCCACCCAUGGAAUUCCACGCCGUCAUCCUCUGCGGCCCCGGCAAGCAGUUGGCGCCGUUCUCGCAGCAGCGCGCCACCGGGGCGCCCAAGGCGCUCUUGCCCGUCGGACAGCGGCCCAUGUUCGAGCACGUGUUGGACUGGUGCGAGAAGGCGUUCUUCCCCAAGGUCACGCUUCUCUGCGACGCGGCGGCCGGCGCGGCGGUGCGCGACGCCGUGGCGCGCUACAAGGCGGCCCGGGCUGCGGCCGUGGCCCUGGCGCCGGACGUGCUGGACGUGGCCAGCGACGUGUUGCGGUUCCUCCGCGGCAUCGACGUGGCGGAGCACGGCGCCGCGGCCAGCGGGCAGGCGCUCCAGUACGUGGCGCAGCACGCGGCGCCCGGCCCGCUCGCCCACUUCGUGGUGUUGCCCUGCGACCUCGUCACGGACUUGCCGCCGCACGUGUUGAUCGAGGCGUACCGCUGCCGGCGCGCGGCGGACUUGGGCAUGCUCGUGUGCUACCGCCCACGGCCCGGCCCCGAGGACAAGAAGCACCGCGCGGGCCCGCGCAGCUACACCGUGUACUCGGGCCUGCCGUGCGGCGGGCGCGCGCAGCUCUUGGACUACUACUCCGCGGCCGACGUGGCGUUCCACAAGGGCGUCGCCGUGCGCACGCAGAUGUUGUGGCGCCACGCCACGCCCGCCGUGAGCACGCGGCUCGCCAACGGCGCCGUGUUCUUUGGCGACGCGCGCGUGCUCGCGGCGCGCUUGCGCAGCGUGCCCGCCAAGUUCGGCGACGCGUACUUCGCCCUGCGCCCGCUCAUCAAGGUGGUGCGCGACUUGGCCCGCCGCGAGUGGCAGAGCCCCGGCUGGGGCCUGAGCGUGGGCCUCGUGGAGGUGCCGCGCCAGGCCGUCUUCCUCCGCGCAAACACGCUCGCGGGGUACAUGGAGGCCACGCGCCACUUGCUCCAGCGGCACGCGCGCGACACGGCGGGCGCCAAGGACAGGCCCGCGGGCGCCAAGGACAAGGCCGCGGCCGCCGUGGGCGCGGACUCCAUGGUGGGCGCGGCCUCGCGCUUGGGCGACAAGACCAACGUCAAGCGGUCCGUGGUGGGCGCGCACUGCACCAUCGGCAAGCGCGUGCGCGUGACGGGCUCCGUCGUGCUCGACGGCGCCGUGGUCGAGGACGACGUGCUGUUGGAGAACACCAUCGUGGGCCGCGCGGCCACCGUGCGCAGCCGCUCGCGCUUGACCAACUGCUACGUCGAGGCCACGCACGACGUGCCCCGCGGCACCCACGCCAAGGGCGACACCUUGCUCUGCUUGACCUUGGAGGGGCUCGUGGAGGCCGCCGGGGACAGCUCCAGCUCCGAUGACGCCGCCUCCGCCAGCAGCUCCGACGACUACGACAGCUACGACCCCGACGACGGCGACAACUCCGACGGCUUGUUCGGCUACUAGCGGCCCGGCCCGUGGCCCUGCAUGCAUUGGCGACUUCCCAGAAUAUAUAUAUAUAUAUGUACCGUGGCCCCGUAUCGUCGGCCUGCACGCUCCCGCCCACGUAGACGGCGGCGUCACGCGGCGCCGCCCGGCGCCUCCCGCUUCGCGACGUCGCGUCUCCGUCUC